AUGUUUUAACAACUGUUAUAUUUUUAGAAUUCAACUUGAGCAUCUGAACAAACCAGAGGAAGCCGUAAGACUUGUUAAAGACACAAAAUCAGUAGAAGGAGCAAAGAUGGUUGCUAGAUUCUUCCAACGCCUAAAUGAUAUGACUUCAGCAAUUCAGUUUUUGGUGUUAUCCAAAUGUCAUGAAGAAGCAUUCCAGCUGGCCCAGUCAAGUGGUAAGAUGGAUAUUUAUGCUGAUGUGGUUGGAGAAGAUGCUUCACAAGAAGAUUACCUUAGUAUUGCUACAUAUUAUGAUCAUGAAAAAAACCAUCUGAUGGCAGGAAAGUUUUUCCACUUGGCAGGACAGUACAGAAAAGCUGUGAAACAUCUUCUUAAAGUGAGUGGCAGUGACAGCAGUCAGGCCAUUCAGGUAGCUAUUCAAGCUGUUGGAGCAGCAAAUGAAGAGCAGCUGACUCGCCAGGUUAUCGAGUUCCUAAUGGGAGAGACAGACGGAGUUCCUAAAGUAAUGUUUGUUAUAAUUAUGUAGUAUUUCCUUGAUAAUGUGUCAGGUUAUCGAGUACCUAAUGGGAGAGACAGACGGAGUUCCUAAAGUAAUGUUUGUUAUAAUUAUGUAGUAUUUCCUUGAUAAUGUGUCAGGUUAUCGAGUACCUAAUGGGAGAGAUAGACGGAGUUCCUAAAGUAAUGUUUGUUAUAAUUAUGUAGUAUUUCCUUGAUAAUGUGUCAGGUUAUCGAGUACCUAAUGGGAGAGACAGACGGAGUUCCUAAAGUAAUGUUUGUUAUAAUUAUGUAGUAUUUCCUUGAUAAUGUGUC